GGCGUUGUCUUUGGCUGGGGGUUCCGCCUUAAAUUGAGCGCUGAUUGCAGCGGUAGUGUGCUGUUAGUUGGAUUCGGGACGCAGUGAGAGUCGGUACUACCAGCAGAAUGCCAAACUUUGGUGGUGGAAACAUGUGUGGCGUUUGCCAGAAGACUGUGUACUUCGCUGAAGAAGUGCAAUGUGAUGGGAAAUACUUCCACAAGUCGUGCUUCCGGUGUAUGGCCUGUAAAAAGAACCUUGACAGCACCACAAUCGCUGUGCAUGGAAAUGAAAUCUACUGCAAAUCAUGUUAUGGGAAAAAGUAUGGACCUAAAGGUUAUGGCUAUGGUCAAGGUGCAGGUGUUCUGAACAUGGACUCUGGUGCAAGGGUGGGAAUAAAGCCUGUACAACCCCAGGCUCAUUGCCCAACAACCAAUGUCAAUGAAUCCAAGUUUGCUCAGAAAUUUGGCAGUUCAGAAAAGUGCCCUCGAUGUGAACAAGCAGUUUAUGCUGCUGAGAAAAUUAUUGGAGCUGGCAAGGCUUGGCAUAAGGCGUGCUUCCGCUGUGCUAAAUGUGGUAAAGGCCUGGAGUCCACAACAUUGGCUGAUAAGGAUGGGGAGAUCUAUUGCAAAGGUUGUUAUGCUAAGAACUUUGGACCUAAAGGAUUUGGCUUUGGUCAAGGAGCUGGUGCACUCAUCAACACCCAGUAAAGGACCUUGUGCUGAAUUACAUGGAGACCCUACCUGCAGUGUAUUUGCUGAAUUCUGGAUGUUCCUGUAGUAAUAGCAGUAGUAGUUCAGAUUACAACACUAUGUGUAUAUAUAAACAAUAAGAUGUUUUCUCUCACUUCUGCAUUGCUUGGCACAGACUGCUUCAUGUACCAUGUUAAGUGUCCUACCUCUCUCAAACUGAAAUGUUUUAAGAUUAAAUAUACUAACAUGAAAACCAGAAUGAAUGAUGGCUGAAGUCCAAAAUCUAAUUUUAGUGCAUUGGAUUUGCUUGUGGUUAAUUACACACUUGGGAUUAGCAUUCACUUGGCAGCUACAGUUCUCAACACUCCAAUAUUAGUCCAAGUUUUAUUCAGCACUCUUCAAAAUUAUUUUGUACAGAAAUGUUUUUCUUGUACUGCAUGUAACUGUAGAACUACAGAUUGACGCUGCAUUGUAGAUAAGCUGUCCAGAUCCUGCUGGAGCCUUGGUGGCUUGAAUUGCUCAGCCAGGUUUCAAUUUGAUUCACAUGUGAUGUCUAAUUUGAUUUAACAGCUGCAGUCAAUGCCAAAGUUUAGUCUGGUUUACUGACUAACUGAUGUUUGUUUCUCUAAAUCAUAUCAAAGUAUCACAUGAUAAAAUGGGUGACUUGAGCACUGAGGCUUGCUUGAGUUUAGUCCACCAUUGAAUUUUUACACAUUGGGUGAUUUUUUUUAAAAUCUGUGACAGUAACUAAGAGGAACCUUUGUAGAUUUUUAAUGAUCCAAACAUAUACUGCAAGCAUCACUAACAAAUGAACAAGUUCUUCUGCUCUGCUCUUGCUUUGAGUAAUCUCUUUUCAAAAAAUUAGAUGAUGCAUGGAGUUAAAUCUGUAAUUGGUAUAAAUCUUUCCCUAAUAAAUGGUGGAUUUUUUUUGUUGGAGGAAUGCAACACGUGGAGAUCAUCAGUAGUUGGCUUGGUAUUACUCACUUUCUGUAGCAUAUGCAAAAAAGUGGACUAUAUAAUUGUGCUGCUUUUUAAAUGCAACUUGUUUUGCUAAUUUGAUCAGUUGGGCUUUAGGACCAUUUUUAAUGCCUUUCCAUAUUACAUGAAAGCAGUGUCUUGCAUUUUAAUAAAGGCCAUCUGGCUCUCCUCCCACACAA